AUGCCCCAGCUGUCCGAAGCAAAAUUUCUCCAUGACCUCACCGAAGUCCCUGCCGGCUGGCCCCUGGCGACCGUCAUCGACGCCUUCCUCCACUUGGCUGCUUAUGCUGCAGGUCAAGCUGAGCCGGAGCGAGCUCUUGAGGUGGUGGGCCGUCGGCUCGUGGAGCUCUGGGCCGAGCAGCCGCAGGAGGCCAAGGCCUGGCUCGAGCGCUUCGGAGAGCUGAAGACGGCGACGAGGGCGGAGCGCCUCUGCGAGGCGCUGCUCCGGCACGGGGCGGCCGAUGACGGGAAGUACGAGUGGGUCUGGCACUGGCGCUUCUCCGAGGCGGGGCUCCUUCGAGGCCAGCUCCGCUCAGCAGCAGCGGAGCGGGAGCGGAUAGCGGCUGAGUACCGGCGCGGCGCCCCCGGCGAUCGCUGCCGGGAGCUCGCGGAGCGGCUCGUGGCGGUGGAGAGCUCGGAGACGGCGCGGAAGCGGCAGAAGCUCGAGGAGGAGACUUCUGAGCGCCGGCGCCUCAAAGCGGAGCUCCAGAAGUCGCAGGAGGAGUGUCGAGAUCUUCGCAAUCGCCUGGCCACGGCGGAGGCGGAGGUGUCCAGCAAGGAUGCGGAGCUCCGAACUGUGCAGAACGAGAGUGCAAGUCUCAAAGAGCAGUGCGAGGAGUUUGCAACUCGAGCCGCAGCUGGGGAGGCAGCAGUGACAGAGAUGCGGAUGGAGCUCCGACAGUUGCAGGAGGAGCACAGCAAGUGCCAGGAGCACUGCGAAGAGCUUGCGAAGUGCAUUGAGGCAGAAGCUUCCGAGCACGCCGAUACGAGGCAGCAUCUGGCGCAGGCCGAGGCCGAUGCCGCUGAAGAGCGGCUGGAGUUGCAGCGGCUGCAGGAGGAGAAUCUCCGCUUGAAGGACGGCUGUCAGAGGGCUGCGGUGGGGCAAAGCAUGGAGCCGCAGGUCGAGAAAGCCGUCUGGCAGGACCGGUGUGAGCAGCUCCGGCAGCAGCUUGCCGAAGCCCGUGGUCAGCUGGAGGUUUUGUGGCAAGAGAGGGGCAUGUACCAAGAGCGCCUUAGCCAGCUUGCCGAGAGGAAGAAGCAAGAGCCCCAUCAUCAUCGUCAUCCCACUCUGAAUGCUCGCAUCCCAGCUCGCAACGACGCAGCCUUCGGUGAUCAGGAGUCGGAUCUUGCCGAGCAGCUGGGGUACAGCCUGGUGGAUGCAGACCACGCCUCCGUCCUAAGUGGAUCCUCGAGUUGCUCGGUGAAGCAGAACUGCUUCAUGCUGGAUGCCAUCUUCAGGAGCCGCAUGGACGUCUUCCGCGAGGGCAGUGACCUCCAGAAGGGGUCGCAGGUCCUGGCUGGCGAUGGCGAGACCGUUCUGGAGGUGGUCGAGAUCUCGAAAGAAGCGCGAACUAGGAAAGUGGUCGACUUGCAGGCGGGCGCUGCAACACUGCGGGUGACCCCGGACCAUCCCGUGCAGGUCCCUGAUGCACACGACAAGGCGGGAUGUCCUCGUUUCAUCCCCGCGGGCAAGCUGAAGGUGGGCGACUUCGUGAUGCUUGAUUCCGGGGAGCCGGUUGCGCUCACCAUCGCAGAGACGCUUCCCACGGAGUGCAAGGUGCUGAAGAUCGUGUUCAACCCCGAUUUGCCUGUGGCCGUCUUCUCCAGCCCGUCCUGCAUCCUCAGCAAGGGGCACAGGAAGCUGCAGAAUCGUCGCAGCGUCCGCGGGAGAGGCCAGGAGGCGGCCGAUCAGAUGGAUGAAGGAGACUCAAUUCCGGACACAGCGGCGGGUGAGUAUAUGGACUGA